AUGAGUUCAAUCAAACAGAAAACAUCCGUGUUCGAGCGAUCAGAGUUCAUCCCACCCGACGCCAUCUUCGAUGUCACCAGGCGGUACAUCGCAGACACCGAUCCCGACAAGGUCAAUCUGGGUCAGGGCACUUAUCGCGACGAAAACGGGCAGCCGUGGAUUCUACCGUCAGUAAGACUGGCUGAGGAGUCACUCGGAGCGCCUGGGCACGAGUAUCUCCCUAUUGCGGGAUUGAAGUCCUUCCGCGAUGAAGCUGUCAAGCUGGUCUUCAGCACCACCAAGGCAUUUGCAGAGAACAGAAUCGCAUCGUGCCAAUCGCUCUCGGGAACCGGCGCCCUCCUCCUCGCCGGACUUGCCCUGAAGAAGGCCGCCACGGGGGUUACAACCAUCUAUAUCACCGACCCAACAUGGUCCAACCACGAACUACUCUUCAGCUCACUAGGCUUCGAAGUGAAGCAGCUCCCCUAUUACAAAGACCGCGCAUUCGACUUUGACGGUUACAUUGCUACCCUCAAAUCCGCUGACCCUUCCUCCGCCGUCAUCCUGCAUGCCUGCGCACACAACCCGACGGGCUGUGACCCCUCGCAGGAGCAGUGGAAGCAGAUCGCCUCCGUCAUAAUUGACAAGGGAAUCUUCCCCGUCUUCGACUCUGCAUACCUUGGUUUCAACUCCGGCUCCGUCGACGACGACGCGUGGGCGAUCCGAUACUUUGUCGACGAGCUGGGUCUCGAGGCGGCGGUCUGCCUAUCGUUCGCCAAGAACAUGGGCUUGUAUGGUGAGCGUGUCGGUGCUGUCACGUUUGUGGCGAACUCUGCGGAUAAGGCGAAGACCGUGGGUUCGAUCUUGGAGAAUGUGCAGAGGGCGACGGUGUCCAACCCACCUGCCUACGGCGCACGUAUUGCUGCAGCUGUGUUGGAGGCUCCUUCAAUCAGGGAGCAGUGGAACAAGGACCUCAUUACCAUGUCCGGACGUAUUCGGGCCAUGAGGAAGAAGGUCUACGACGAACUGGUCAGGUUGCAGACGCCGGGCGAUUGGUCACACAUCGUUAAGCAGAGCGGCAUGUUUGGAUACACGGGCAUCAGCAAAUCUCAAGUCCAGCAUCUCGAAGAGAAAUACCAUGUUUACAUGGCCGAUACAUCACGAAUUUCAAUUGCAGGGCUCAACGAGAAGAACGUCGAGUACUUCGCAAAGGCGCUCGACGACACCGUCCGGAGUGUGGAAUGA